CUGAGAUUAUAGUGGAAGAAGAAAGUGGGCGUUAAGGAGGAGUGUAGUCCUUCGUACCGUUGAACUUGUCUCAUUGGAAACAACUUUUUAUGUAUAUUAAAUAAUAUAUAAAUUUUGCGUAUAUAGAAAGCGAAGAUGGCGUGGUUUCAAUAAUUACCAGAUCCUGGAGUGUCAGAAGUACAGAAACUGAUUCUUAAUCAUCCUGCAUCUGUGACUGAAGGAACUUUCAUUUAUUUAAACAUGAUCUACUUAGCCAUAUUUUUUCUCUGUGGAUUUCCUGACGGGGCGUUAAUGAAAGGUCAGAAAUCCAAGGGCAAGUAUAGCACCCCGCUUCUGGACAUUCAGGGUCGGCAGCUGGUAAUGGAGGCCAACCAGACUCUGACAUUACAGUGCAAGGGGCGCUGGGAGCUGGCGUGGAGCUUCCCGCGCUCUGUGACGCGUGAUCAGCAGAGUGUGAGCGUGAGGGAACGCCGCUGUGGGAAACAGCAGCGGCUGUACUGCAGCACCCUGAUCGUGAGCCCCACAGUAGCCCAGCACACGGGCUCCUACCGCUGCAGAUAUCAGCACAAGCAGAGCAAGCAGGCCACGCUCUACAUCUACAUCGCAGGCAGCCAUGGGCCCUUUGUGGAGCAGCAGAGCGACAUCCCGGACGUGGUUUACCUGAAGGAAAUGCAGGCACUGGUUUUCCCCUGCCGGGUCACCGCCCCCAAUACCAAGGUGACCCUGGUCAAGUUUCCGGGACAAGUGUUGCUUCCGGACCAGAAGAACAUCAUCUGGAACAGCCGACGAGGUUUCAUUAUCCCAAAACCCACGUAUCACUACAUUGGGCUGUUCUCCUGUGAGGCCACCAUCGACGGCCAUCUCUACAGCUCCAAGUACCUCACUUACAGGCCAGUGAAUAAGAUCCUGGACGUCUACCUGAACAGCACGGAGUCCCUGGGCACUCUCAGAGGCCAAAGUUUUGCUUUGAACUGCACAGUGACAGCAGCGUGGAACUCCAGAGUCUCCAUCAGCUGGAAAUACCCAGGGCAGAAAACCAACCAGUCGGUCUUCAUCACGCGCCGCAUCGUCCCAAGCAGCUCCAGCCGCGUCUUCUAUAGUGUACUGUCCAUCCCGCAGCUGCGCCGCUCGGACAGCGGCCUUUACGUGUGCCGCGUGCGCAGUGGACCGUCCCAGCGGGAGACCAACACCUCGUUGGUCGUCUAUGACCGACCCUUCAUCUCCCUGAAGCACCGGAACGGCGCCAUGCUGGAGGCUGCGGCCGGACAGAAGGCUUUCCGACUCUCCGCCAAGCUGCGUGCCUUCCCCAAACCGCAAGUCAUGUGGAUGAAGGAUGGGGCGCCAGCCACUGAGCGAUGCUCCCGCUACCAUAUGGAUGGUCAUUCUAUAGUCAUCCACGAUGUUUCGCCGGAGGAUUCUGGGGUCUACACCAUGCUGGCAGCCAUCCCCCAAUACAAGCUGUACAGGAACCUCACGUUUGCACUCGCCGUCCGCAUGAGACCCCAGAUCGAAGAGAAGGCAAUGUCUCCACAAGAUAUAGGCCUCGUCCAGUUGGGCGCCUCGAAAACGCUGCUCUGCACCUCACAGGGGUCUCCUGCCCCCAGCAUCCAUUGGCUGUGGCAUCGCUGUCCGAAGAAAGGACAGUGUAAAGCUGACGUCUUCACACAAAGAGACACUGUAACAGUCAGCACAAGCCCCAGGGACACAGAGAAUGACAUCCAGAGCAUCAGCCAAAGAUGGGAAGUCAUUGAGGGCAAAAAUAAGACAGUCAGCGUCCUCACGGUGGCACAUGCUCAUGUGCCUGGCAUCUUUCGCUGUGUUGCCUCCAACCACAUGGGCAGCGACUGGAGGGAUGUCCCCCUCUAUGUUACAGAUACUCCGGGAGGGUUCAGUAUCCAUCAGGAGGGGGAGCCCAGGGAGGGAAUGGACCUUCACCUCCUGUGUCGGGCCAACAAGCACUUGUACACAUCACUAUCCUGGCAUCUGACCAUGCCCCCUCCUGACACCCCGACCCUGUCCUUGCCAGACACUUCAGCCACACCCCCACCUAACACCUCAACCACACCCCUGCCUGACUACCUUGCCCAGUCUCAGCCUGACACCCAGACCCCACCCCCACCUGACAUCCAGGGCCCGCCUGCACCUGACAACCCAGCCCAGCCAGUCCCCAGAGGCAGCGUGUCACUGCAUCAUGGGGUUUUCUCCAACAUGCUGCGACUGACACUGAGGAAUUUGACGGUAUGGGACUCCAACAUCUACAGCUGCCACGUCCACCAUCGGCUGACAGGGGAGGAGUUCCGGCUCGACACCAGUGUGGAAGUUGCCACCCUGCAAGUGCCUGUCCUGCUGUACAACCUCACCGAUGGCAUCGUCAAUGUGAGCAGCUCCAUAACCUUGACUUGUGCCGUCCGAGGAGUGCCACGUCCAGUAGUCACAUGGGAGAAGAACCACCGAAGGCUGCAUCUGGGAUCCGGUGUCCUCCUCACUCCAGAAGCAGGAACUCUACACAUUGAACGAAUCACAGUUGAGGAUGAAGGCCUCUACACCUGCAGGGCUACCAAUGAGAAGGGGUCUGUGGAGAGCUCCGCCUACCUCUGGGUUAAUGAUUCAGCGGAGGUCUCAACUGUGGAGAUCACCACUCUCACCUGUACCUGUGUGGUCGCCACACUCUUCUGGCUGAUCCUGACGUUGUUCAUUCGCAAGCUCAGAAAGCAAAAUUCCAUGCCUGUCAAAGCCAACUACCUGUCAAUCAUCUUGGACCCUGCAGAGGGAGCCCUCAAUGAGGAGGGGCACAGGCUACCUUAUGAUCCGGGCGAAUGGGAAUUCCCCAGGGACCGCCUCAAACUGGAGAAACCCCUGGGACGUGGUGCUUUUGGGAAAGUCAUGCAGGCCUCAGCGUUUGGCAUCGAUCAUUCCAGCAGCUGUAAGACUGUGGCUGUGAAAAUGCUUAAAGAGGGGGCCAUACCUAGUGAGCAUAAGGCUUUGAUGACCGAGCUGAAAAUCCUGAUCCAUAUUGGGCAGCAUUUAAACGUGGUCAACCUGCUGGGAGCCUGCACCAAACCAGGAGGCCCACUGUUGGUCAUAGUGGAGUACUGCAAGUACGGGAACCUUUCCACUUACCUGAAAAGCAAGCGUAACGUGUUCCUAUUGAAGCGGGACUUUGCAGGAGACACUGGAGCAAUGAGGCACCUGAUCAGUGUUUCCAGCAGCUACAGCUCCACCUGCUCGAGUGCAGAGGAAGAUCAAGACCAAGCUGAAGAAGAGGAUGGUUCUGCCUUCAGCUCCAGUGGUCCUCUGUUCCUGGAAGAUCUCAUCUCGUACAGUUUCCAGGUGGCCCGGGGAAUGGAGUUCUUAGCGUCCCGCAAGUGCAUCCACCGGGACCUGGCAGCAAGGAACAUCCUGCUCUCAGACAAUAAUGUGGUCAAGAUCUGUGAUUUUGGCCUCGCACGGGAUGUCUACAGAGACCCUGACUACGUCAGGCAGGGAGAUGCCCGGCUGCCAUUGAAGUGGAUGUCACCGGAGUCAAUUUUUGACAAAGUCUUUACUACCCAAAGUGACGUGUGGUCUUUUGGUGUUCUUCUGUGGGAGAUCUUCUCUCUGGGAGCCUCUCCGUACCCAGGGCUACCUAUCAAUGAGGACUUCUGCCAGCGGCUCAAGGAAGGAACACGUAUGCGAGCCCCAGAGUACAGCACGCCUGCCAUCUAUGGCACCAUGCUGGCAUGCUGGGACUCGAACCCUGCAGUACGACCUACCUUCUCCGCCUUAGUGGGGACCCUUGGAGACCAGCUGCAGCAGCGGGUUCAGCAGGAUGGCAAGGACUAUGUUCCCCUGAACACUGUCUUACCUUCUGGAGCAGAUGUGCAUCUCAACCCCCACAGCCCAGACAGCCUUGGCUACAUGAACACCAGGACUGUCUCGGGCCUAAGCACCUUCGAAGAGCUGCCCUCGUUGGACCCACCUGGUUCAGAGGACUACCAGACUGACAGUGGCAUGGUGCUACCAUCAGAAGAACUGAAAACUGUAAAAUGGAGCACAAACAGGAAUCCCCUUAUGAGCAGGUUCCUCUCUCGCUGUAAGAAUCAGGGGAUUCUGCUUUCUGCCGCACACCAUCCAAGGUUGCACAGCAAGGCUGGUGGCAAGAAGCCCGUCCCGGGUGACUUGCCACCCCUAGACUACAGCGGCACCCUCCUGCACCCCUGCCUAUGACAGCUGGAGCAACAGAAUCCAUCCCAGGGCCAGGCUACUCUGUCCCAUGUUCCACUGAAUUCUGUCUGUAUUUAUGUGUGAACAUUUCUGCUUGCCCUGUUUGCCUUGGUACCAAGUAGCAUCCAUUAACAGUAUAGCAGAUUCAUAAAUGCAAUAAUAUAUUCUUGCUACAAAACUAUGCUGGAAGAUAAAAUAUUUUUAAAGCAGCUAAAAACAAGGUUAAUCAUGGACAUUUAGCAUGAAAGCUGUGUAUUAUGGGAAAGUGAAUAAAGGCAGGGUGGGUCGGGGAUGGAUGCUGUCAUACUCUGUCCCUCGUCCCUCCCAGACCUACCUAUGGCACACGGCUUGAAGCAGGUUGUGGCCUCUGUCCAAACUGUGACUGUGUGAUGCGACAGCCAUGUUUUUACAAGAGAGACAGAAAUCAAAGGCCCAGGGCCAGUUGCACAAAACACCUUAAAGGCUUUAUUUCUCCUUAGCUGAGGGAUUUAUUUAAGGGUGAUGCACAGAAGGUUUCCUUAGCUAAAGAUGCAACGGUGACAACAUCCAACUUUUGUUUGUAUUUUAGACGGAUAACGUGUUUCAUUUCAUCAUUAACACGUAAUGUAGUCACAUUUUUGUUUCAAUUACUGUCACACAAAAACCCUUUAUCUCUUAUGACCGAGUUCAUGGUCAUAUAGUGGAUGAGAAAAAAAACUGAAUAUGUCACAUAUUGUGUAUAUACAACACGUAUAAUAUUAAUUAUAUGUUGUAAAAAAUAAAAGCUGAAAUCACUAAUUUGCUAAA